AAGACAGCCCCGAGGGCCGCUGCGUGAAGGCAUGCUUGCUCGCAGGCACCGCUCGCGUUCUCGAAAAAAUGUAGAAGAUUUCACUGGACCUAGAGAAAGAAGUGAUCUGGGAUUCAUCACAUUUGACAUUACUGCAGAUCUGCAGAGUAUAUUUGACUGGAAUGUUAAACAAUUGUUUCUAUAUUUGUCUGCAGAAUAUUCAACGAAAAACAAUGCUCUAAACCAGGUGGUCCUUUGGGACAAGAUCAUGUUGAGAGGAGAUAACCCAAGGCUGUUCUUAAAAGACAUGAAGUCAAAGUACUUUUUCUUUGAUGAUGGAAAUGGUCUCAAGGGAAACAGGAAUGUCACUUUGACUCUCUCCUGGAAUGUUGUACCAAAUGCUGGCAUUCUACCUCUUGUAACAGGAUCAGGACACGUGUCUGUACCUUUCCCAGAUACCUAUGAAACAACAAAAAGUUAUUAAAUUAUAAUACUGAAUCCUAAGCAAGAUAUUUUUAUACUUGUAUAUUGUGAAUAAAUUUUAUUGCGGUUUCUUCUCACAUCCCAUGCAACCCUUCAGUGAAAGGUACUUAAUUUCCUCAGGUCUAACAGCAUAGGAAGGGAAAUGAAAGUUCCGGGGUUUUUUUUACAUAAAAUGUUGAAGCUGAAACUUAAGGGAAAGGUAAAUUGCAGAGUAAUGGUUUUGGGGGGAAAACUUGAGGAAAUUUUUUUUUUCUUUCUCCUGGCCAUCUGGGUAUAGAUGUCCUUUUCUUUUAAAUAAACAUUUUUAAACCAGAAGAUA